UUUUGGGCCUUUCAUAAAACUGAUGUAGCUCAGUUAAAAAAACGUCGUAGAGAGCUCGGAGACGUCUUAUUUUGUAGAGAGUUAGUUGUUCUAUUUCUCUAUCUGAUUAAAACAAACUUUUAUUAUCGUGUUCUGAAUACUAAAAACAUAGCUUUUUGGUUUUCUGGAGACCCUGGAUUUGGGAACAUAGUAAGAAUUUUAUUUUCCUCAAAUAUUUGUUGGAAACAAUUUUCUUUGUCAAAAUCACUAUCUGAAUUCUUCAUAUUAGUUACCAUUACAGAAAAAAAUCGAAAUUACAUCUGUAUGAUCAAUGUUUGGAGCCACUGUAUAGGUUGAUAAUUGUAAGUUACGUAAAAUGUUUCUCUAUUUUCAGAAUACAACUGUAGCAAGUCUUCUUACAAGUAAAAUUUAUCAUACUGCUGGUCAGUUGACAAGAGAAUUUGAUACAAGAACAGAGUUUAAGAAACGAGAAAGGUGUAGAAUAUAUAUAUAUAUCAUACUCUUGUUGUUAUAUUAUACUUAUUUGAAAUACUUCUUUAGAGAAUUUGAUGUCCAUGCGUCAAAAAUAAUUGAUUUAUGCUUUAUCGAAGAUGAAGAUUUUGCUCUUGAAUUAUUAACAAGAAAAUCAGAAAUAUUAUUUAAUUAUUAUCCUCUACAAUUAGCUAAAGAAAACAAUUGUCGAUCAUUUCUUGCUACGAAAUGUGUACAAAAAUAUCUUGACGUUCAAUGGUAUGGAGAAAUAGACGAUCAUGGACACGAUAAAAAGUUAAUUAAUUUUGUGAUAUUCAUACUCUGUCUUUUUCCAUUUCUUAUUCCAUUUCAAUAUUUUCACUCAUUGUUAUCAUCCAAUAAACAGAAAAAAACAAAUUUUGUUCUCUUAGUCGAUUAUUUUCCAUUGAAUAUCAACGGCGGUAAACGUAGUGGUUAUUCAUCAAUUUCUAUUCCAAUAACGGAGAUAUUUUUGCAUAUUUGUAUGUGGAGUCUCAUUGUUGAAGAAGCAAGAGAAUUUUACGAUCAUUGUGAUGAAGAACGUUUAGGUUACAGUUCAAAUAUUCUAUUGAAAUUUUACACAGAUGAUAAAUGGAAUGUAUUAGACUUAAUGGCAAUUAUCUUCUAUAUUGUCGCAUUCAUUACAAGAUUCAUUGUAAUCGAAUCCGUAUUUGUUGUUUCAAAGAUAUGUAUGUGUAUUGAUUUAUUCUUAUGUGUGACGCUUCAACGUGUCAAUUUGGAUGCUCAUCAAAGAUGGGCUUAUCAUCGUUUUUUGUUAGUUAAUGAAUAUAGUAAGAAAUCAGUAUUACCACCACCAAUAAAUGUAUUCUCAUACGGUCUUACACCGCUAGUCAGACUAACGAGUCUGAUCGUAAGACAAUGUUCAAUUAAAAAUGACGUUGAUGUAAUUCAAUCCUCAGAGACAAUGAAUCCUGUAGAACAAGGAGAAACUCAAACAAAUAAAUUUAAAGAACGUGAUAUGAUGUUACGAGAAAGUAGUAUAGCAGAAGAUUACUGGAGUGAAAAAGUUUCGGAGAUUAUGCAAGAAGAAAAGAAAGAGCAUUCUACAAACACGAAACUACCAUUAACAGAAUUAUUACCCGGCAGGCAGACCGGCCGCUCUGGAAAGAUUUUCAAACCGGCCGGUGAUUGA